GGAAUAAGAGAGAAUGGAAAAGUAAGCUCAAGCACAAUCUAUUUGUUAUCUGUUUUUCUAGUUAAGUGUGAUAGCUAUACUUUGAAAUUCCUAAAACCAGGUGGGAGAUUUUCUUAUUAUUUAGGAAAUAAACACGUUCGAAUUAAUGGAGAACCCGUGGAUUUAGCAUCAACAGUAAAGACAGUACAUUUUCCACUCUAUCAGUUGACAGUACAUUUACCUUCCCAGCAGAACUCUGAAAUCUAAGUGUUCCAGGUCCACGUGAGUGCCAACGACAGGCCCACUUAGUAAGUAGUAACUGCCUGUGGCCAUGCCCCCUAGGGCAGUCCCUCUGAGCCCACAUUCGGACCUCCACCAUGGACUCUAGCCCCUGCAGGUCAUCAAACUGUCCAGCGGGGCAGGGGCCAGAGACCCAAUCACGACCGCUUUGAACCUCCAUCUGGUGCAGUCCUUGUCCUUCUCAUGAGGCAGAUACUGAAUUAACACUUGGAAUCUGGAGAAGCAUUUUGUACAGAUUGAAAGAUUGGGCUUUCUCUUUAGUUUUCCAGAUGUAUUAUCUGAUCUGCAUACUUGAAACAUCCACAGUCACAUAAACUCUGGUUGUAACCAUGGAGUUAUGUGACCCAUCAAGAUAUAGGAAAACUGUUGCCAAGCUUUGGAACCGGGCCAUUUUCUACCAGUUCAACCCUUAAACUAAUAUAUUCUCUGCUGAUAAUCAAGAAUAAAGAGCCAAAUAAAGUCAUGCACAUUCUGUUGACAGAUGGACUCUGUGGCUGUUGAAUUUUACUAUAAUGGGUUACUCUGUCAUUCCAAUGCAAGUUACAUCCUGAUGGAGGUAAAGACCUGUAUUCAUGUAUCCUGAUUAUAGCAAGUGUUGAAGAUAGGAAACCUAUUAUGACUAAUCCUUGGGAAGAGAAAGUCUGCAAAAUGGCUCAAACGAGUUUACUGCAGGGGAAGCCGUUUUACUGUAGGGAGUGGGUUUUCCACAAGCUUCAGCAUUGUCUUCAGGAGAAAACUAACUGUUGCAAUAGUGCUGUCAGCACACCACCCCUUUUAAUGAAUUCUGGGAAUAAUGCUAGUGUUGUCUCUGGAAAAGGAGCUGCCUGGGGUGUGUUGUUGGUAGGAGGGCCUGGCAGUGGCAAGACAGCCCUAUGCACUGAGCUCUUGUGGCCAAGUUCACCUACAAGCCUGCAGAGAGGUUUGCAUCGCCAGGCUUUGGCCUUUCAUUUCUGCAAAGCCCAGGACUCUGAUACUUUGUGUGUUGGAGGGUUUAUCAGGGGUCUGGUUGCCCAGAUCUGCCGCAGUGGACUGCUCCAAGGAUUUGAAGACAAGCUGAGGGACCCAGCAAUCCAAAGCCUCUUACAGCCUGGAGAAUGCGAGCGGAACCCAGCGGAAGCAUUUAAAAGGUGCGUUCUGCUCCCUCUUUUGGGAAUGAAGCCUCCCCAGCAAAGCCUGUAUCUGCUUGUGGAUUCUGUUGAUGAAGGCUGUAACGUCACUGAAGGUGAACAGACGUCCACCAGCUUAUCUGGGACUGUGGCAGAGCUCUUAGCUGGUCACCAUGAGUUCUUUCCGCCAUGGCUACUGCUUCUCUGUUCUGCCCGAAAACAGAGUAAGGCUGUUACUAAAAUGUUUACCGGUUUCCGAAAAAUAAGUUUAGACGACCUUCGGAAGGCAUACAUCGUCAAGGACGUUCAGCAGUAUAUCCUGCAUCGUCUGGAUCAAGAAGAAGCUUUGCGGCAGCACCUCACAAAGGAAACUGCAGAGAUGCUAAAUCAGCUGCACAUUAAAAGCAGCGGAUGCUUUCUUUAUCUAGAACGAGUUCUAGAUGGAGUCGUAGAAAAUUUUAUUAUGUUAAGAGAGAUCCGUGACAUCCCAGGAACUCUAAAUGGUCUAUAUCUCUGGCUGUGUCAGAGACUUUUUGUAAGAAAACAGUUCGCGAAGGUUCAGCCUAUUCUGAAUGUGAUUCUCGCAGCUUGCCGACCUUUGACUGUAACGGAAUUGUAUCAUGCAGUAUGGACCAAAAACAUGUCCCUAACCUUGGAAGACUUCCAACGCAAGUUAGACGUCCUCUCCAAACUUCUUGUUGAUGGACUGGGAAAUACUAAAAUACUAUUUCACUAUAGUUUUGCAGAGUGGCUUCUGGAUGUGAAACACUGCACUCAGAAGUAUUUAUGUAACGCAGCAGAAGGACACAGAAUGUUGGCUAUGAGUUAUACCUGUCAAGCCAAGAAUUUAACACCAUUGGAAGCCCAAGAAUUCGCACUGCACUUAAUUAAUUCAAACUUACAGUUGGAGACAGCUGAAUUAGCCCUGUGGAUGAUAUGGAAUGGCACACCUGUCAGAGACUCCCUGUCGACCUUAAUUCCCAAGGAACAAGAAGUGCUACAGCUGCUGGUCAAAGCUGGAGCUCACGUCAGCAGUGAGGACGAUCGCACCUCGUGCAUAGUCCGUCAGGCCUUAGAGAGAGAGGAUUCCAUUCGGACCUUAUUAGAUAACGGAGCUUCAGUCAAUCAGUGCGAUUCCAACGGGCGAACGUUGCUGGCCAACGCUGCGUACAGCGGCAAUCUGGACGUGGUGAACUUACUCGUGUCUAGGGGAGCCGAUUUAGAGAUAGAAGACGCUCACGGACACACGCCACUUACCCUAGCUGCUAGACAAGGACAUACCAAGGUGGUCAACUGUUUGAUUGGGUGUGGAGCCAACGUCAAUCACACCGACCAGGAUGGCUGGACGGCACUGAGGUCCGCGGCCUGGGGCGGUCAUACUGAGGUGGUGUCUGCACUGCUUUACGCCGGCGUGAAAGUGGACUGUGCGGACGCCGACAGCCGCACGGCCUUGAGAGCAGCAGCGUGGGGAGGACAUGAGGACAUCGUACUGAACCUGCUGCAGCACGGUGCUGAGGUCAACAAAGCCGAUAACGAGGGGAGAACGGCGCUGAUAGCGGCGGCAUACAUGGGCCACAGAGAGAUCGUGGAACACCUGCUGGACCACGGGGCCGAAGUGAACCACGAGGACGUCGACGGCAGGACCGCGCUCUCGGUAGCUGCGCUUUGUGUGCCCGCAAGUAAAGGACACGCGUCGGUCGUUAGCCUUUUAAUCGACCGGGGCGCUGAAGUAGACCAUUGUGAUAAAGACGGCAUGACUCCGCUGCUGGUAGCUGCCUACGAAGGACACGUCGAUGUGGUUGACUUGCUUCUGGAGGGGGGAGCAGACGUGGACCACACGGACAACAAUGGUCGGACACCCCUCCUGGCAGCGGCUUCCAUGGGCCACGCUUCCGUCGUGAACACGCUUCUGUUCUGGGGCGCAGCCGUGGACAGCAUCGACAGUGAAGGCAGGACCGUCCUCAGCAUAGCCUCCGCCCAGGGCAGUGUCGAGGUGGUACGGACUCUCCUGGACAGAGGGUUAGACGAAAACCACAGAGACGAUGCUGGGUGGACACCUUUGCACAUGGCAGCUUUCGAGGGUCACAGAUUAAUAUGUGAAGCCCUUAUUGAACAAGGUGCUAGAACAAACGAGAUCGAUAAUGAUGGACGGAUACCUUUCAUAUUAGCUUCGCAAGAAGGUCAUUACGAUUGUGUUCAAAUAUUAUUGGAAAAUAAAUCCAACGUUGAUCAGAGAGGCUAUGACGGGAGAAACGCACUGCGGGUCGCCGCACUAGAAGGGCACAGGGACAUCGUUGAAUUGCUCUUUAGCCACGGAGCCGAUGUUAACCACAAAGAUGCUGACGGCAGGCCUACCCUUUAUAUUUUGGCCUUAGAAAACCAGCUUGCGAUGGCUGAGUAUUUCUUAGAAAAUGGUGCAAAUGUAGAAGCGAGUGAUGCGGAAGGAAGGACGGCGCUUCAUGUUUCCUGCUGGCAAGGCCAUCUGGAGAUGGUCCAGGUUCUUAUCACCUACCACGCAGACAUUAACGCCGCGGACAAUGAAAAGCGGUCCGCUCUGCAGUCUGCGGCCUGGCAGGGCCACGUAAAAGUGGUGCAGCUUCUGAUUGAGCACGGUGCCGUCGUCGACCACACUUGCAAUCAAGGUGCAACUGCGCUCUGCAUCGCAGCCCAGGAAGGGCACAUUGAGGUCGUGCAGGUUUUACUAGAGCACGGUGCUGAUCCAAACCAUGCGGAUCAAUUUGGACGCACUGCUAUGCGUGUUGCAGCCAAAAAUGGACACUCCCAGAUAAUUAAAUUAUUAGAAAAAUAUGGUGCAUCUAGUUUGAAUGGCUGUUCCCCAUCUCCCGUUCACACAAUGGAGCAAAAACCUCUACAAUCGGUGUCUUCAAAAAUGCAGUCGUUAACAAUUAAGUCGAACAGCUCCGGCAGUACUGGCGGAGGCGACGUGCAGCCUUCGCUGCGGGGUUUACCCAACGGGCCAGCUCACGCAUUCAGCUCUCCUUCAGAAUCUCCCGAUUCUACAGUGGAUCGUCAGAAGUCAUCGCUGUCAAAUAAUUCCCUGAAAAGCUCAAAAAAUUCAUCUUUGAGAACUACUUCAUCUACAGCGACGGCUCAAACAGUGCCAAUUGACAGCUUUCAUAACUUGUCGUUUACGGAACAAAUUCAGCAGCAUUCUCUGCCACGCAGUAGGAGUCGGCAGUCCAUCGUGUCCCCGUCCUCCACAACGCAGUCCUUGGGACAGAGCCAUAAUUCACCAAGCAGUGAAUUUGAGUGGAGUCAAGUGAAGCCCAGUUUGAAGUCAACGAAAACAAAUAAAGGGGGGAAAUCAGAAAAUGCCGGCAAACCUGGGUCAGCUGGGAAAAAAGCUAAACAAAAUAACUCUACACAGCCAAAGGUUUUAGAAUACGAAAUGACCCAGUUUGACACCAGAGGGCCUGCAGCCAAGUCGGGCCCUAGCGCGGCGCCUAAGCAGACGCCCGCAGAACCUCAGUGCAAGAUCAUGGUACCUUCAGCUCAGCAAGAAAUCGGUCGAUCUCAGCAGCAGUUUCUUAUUCACCAGCAAAGUGGGGAACAGAAGAAGAGAAACGGGAUAAUGACAAACCCAAAUUACCAUCUUCAAAGCAACCAGGUUUUUCUCGGUAGGGUGUCCGUCCCGCGGACAAUACAAGAUCGGGGGCAUCAAGAAGUGCUGGAAGGGUACCCUUCCUCAGAGACGGAAUUAAGCCUUAAACAAGCCCUGAAGCUUCAGAUCGAGGGUUCUGACCCCAGCUUCAACUAUAAAAAGGAAACACCGCUCUGAAAGUUUCCUAUUCUGUGAAACAGAAGACUUGUGAUUGGAGUGAUUCUUCAGCUACUGGAUGAAAACAUAAAAUGCCUGUUGAUUGCUGAAAAAAAUGAAGAAUGUGAUAUCUGCAGUACAGUUACCUUAAUUACUGUAACGUGCCUAAAUAGUAAGGCUGCCUUCUCAAUGUAACCCUGUGUGCUUAAAACUUUUUCAUUUUGUGUGCUUUGUAUUCACUACACAAGAAUAAGCACUUUUUUUUUAAAUGCAGAUAUAUACUGCAGUUCCUUGAUAAAAGCUGAAAAAAUUUUUGAGUAAAGUAUUUUAAGUUAAGAUUUGAUAAAUGUGCAUGUGCCAUGAUCAAAUAUAUAUAAAAAGGCAGUGUUCUUUGUAUUUAUUUUUUUCUUUUUGUGGCAAAGGAAACGUAAGCCUACUGUUUCGGUCACAUUUGCAUUGCUGUAGUGUAUGGCUUGUUUCUUGUAUCUUUAAAAAUGUCGCUCAAUAAAAGUAAAUCACGCAACUAUUCAUAUUCACUACAUCUUCAGCACUGGUUAAAAAUGAGUUCCUAUUUAAUGGCCACAUUGAGGUGAAAACAUGAUUUAAUGGCAGAUUUAAAAAAUAAUAUUUCUAGUAUUUCGGGGAGCUGCUCUAAGUAGUUUAACCUGGCAUUUCCCAGUAGAAUCCUGAUCUCUAACUAAAGCUGUCAAAAAAAAAAAAAAAGACUCCAGGCAGAACAAAGUUCUGUUUCAUUCACUGGGUGCAAUUUCACCUUCCACUCACUUGUCACUCCAUCUCCGAGAAGACAGACUGUCAUUCCUGAGGCAUGAAAAUUCUCAGGGACAAAGCCAUGCCUCAGCGGCGUGUGUGUGCAGAGGGAGAUACACCUGUCUACCUGAGGGUAGAUUUUUGAUCCCUGAACAGUUCACUGACAACCCUUAUCUCCUCCGUCCAGUUAAAUAAAAUAUGACUUACCAGUGUCAGUUCAGUGCCAGCUUCUUUCUCACAGUUUGUCUUGUUAAUCACUGCACGAUGAAUAUGGCCCCCACUCAGAAUCAACUGGGUCAGUUUUAGUGGCUAGUUGGACGCAUACUCUUGCUGAAUGUUAAUAUGUGCUGUCCUCAGAUGACGCCACUAACCUGUCAUAGCACACGUGUGCUUUUCACUGGUAUUGGAUAAACAGCAAUUUUUGUCCAUAUACUCUUUCUUGUUUUCUUCUUUGGACAAUUGCUUGCAGGAUGACUGGAUGCCAGGGUUAAGGGUGAAGUCUGUGACCACGGAAAACAGUUGACUGUCUCAGAUGAGCGUGUGACCCACGGCCUUGGCCUCCCAGUGGUCUCUAACCCACUGAGGCCAGUUUAGGGGUGUGUGUGUAUGUCUGGAAAGGUUACAAUGUAUUUAGAAGCCAAGGUUGUGCUUUAAUCUUUGCAUAAGACCCGAGAAUCUUACAAAACCCAGAAAUUUUAUCCUUUCCAUGUAUUGUUGAUAAGGAAGGGGAAUGAGGAAAGAGACUUUGGAGAUUCAGCACAAAACCACUGCUACCACUGGAAAAGAAUCUUAGAAAAUGUCUUAGUAACAGAGGUCAGUAAUGUCAUCGUCAUAUAUGAAGGACCCAUGUGAUGCAUUGUUCACAGAAACGUGAUAAGUGUUUCUCUUGAAUCUAUGUGUAAAGCUUUUAUUUUUGCUUUUGUUUUUUAAAGUCAGCAAAACUCAUUUUGUUUAUGUCAUCAAUAAGUCAUUAUCAGGAAUAGGAGAUAAGUUCAAUUGAUAAUAAGGUGACAUGGCAAUAUUGAUAACUCGAAUGUGAAUGUUUCAAGUAUUGAAUUUUUGUCCCUAUGGGACAUUUAUUAAAUACACUUAAUAGGACUCUUGCAAAGCAGCCUUAAAAGUGUUUAUGAUUCUAUUAAUAAAUAUGAACACAUGCUAUUGUUAGAACCAGUCACACGUAUCUCAAGUACAGUACAUUUAUAAUACUGUAGAAGAUGAAGCUCUAAUUUCUUAUUAGGUGUAUUUUUUUUUUUUUUUUUUAGAAAGAGAAGCCUAAAAGCUGCCAGUUUUUCUAUUAACCUUGAAUUAUUGGAAUUGUAUUUAUUUAAUUUUAUUGUUUUUUUUUUUUUUACAAAAAUGCACCUUGUGGCCAAAGGGCAAAGAUAUGACUCAUUACAUAAGGGAUUUAUGUUUUUCAAAGAGCUAAAUGUUUUCAUAUCCACUUGAAACAGUUGGUAGGAAGAGAACCUGUUUGAAAAAAAUACGAUUUUCAAAAGUAAGUACUCCUCUGGAUGUUUUUAUAUCACAUUAUGUUUUGGAAUAGGACAAAAAUGCCUUUUAGUGGGGCUAGGGGCGACAAGGUGCUGGGAUGCCUGCUUUGCCAGUUUCUUUCUGUGGGAGAUUUAAUAUGACUGAAAGUGACUUUUGCUCCAUUAAGGACAGUAAAAAUCAUCCCCCAAAUAGAAAACUCCUAAGUAGCUAUUUUAAGAAUGAAAAUUUAAAUUUUAUAAAUCACCUGACGCACUACACCUGUGAGGCCAUGUGCUUAGGACACUUAGAAUCCACCUGUGUCCAUCCCUAAAGGAUGAGCUGAUAAUAAGGGAAGUGAUAAAACAUAUAGUAAUGAAACAUAAAAAUCUGAGUGCUGGUAGGAAAGGUUCUGGAAGAAAAACUGGCCAGAACUCGGUGUGUCCUGCAAAGUACGGCUAUGUGUUUGCCCCUCACCCCCACCCCUACUGGAAUCGUCAUCAAAAACAGUUCAAUACUUAAAAAACAGGAGUACUUUUCUCAAUAUUGUCUAGCUAUGCAAGUGUUUGUUUGGCUUAAUGUCCUCCAUUUACACGUCUCAGCAAAUGUAGUUGCAAACAAAUGCUUUCUUUUUAUUUUUCCAUUUGUUUGGGGUAUGUAAAUAGCCUAAAAUGUACAUUGAACUUCACAUUGUAAAAGUUUAUUUUAUUCCUUGUAUUAUAUUAAGCAAAAAUCCCUAUGUAUAUGAAAGUGCAUAAUAAAUAUAUUUGCUUUA